AUGGGCAUGCCAGAUGCCGAUAUCUACCCAUCUGCGACUGGGCUCGCGUCGCACGUUGUUAAGGCCCACGAAAACGCCCAGGCAGAGCAUGUUCUGUACAGCGGAUGGUUUUGCCCAUUCGUCCAACGUGCCUGGAUCGUGCUCGAGGAGAAGAAAAUCCCCUACCGCUACAAGGAAAUCAACCCUUACCACAAGGAGCCUUCGUUCCUCGCCCUCAACCCCCGCGGCCUAGUCCCAACCCUCGGCUGCCCAACACCCUCCGGCGAGGAACCCCUAAUCGAAUCCAACAUCAUCUGCGACUACCUCGACGACACCUUCCCGGACAAAGCCCCCCUCUACCCAUCGGACGCCUACACCAAAGCCAAGCUGCGCGUGAGCAUCGACUUUGUCACAUCGCGCAUCAUCCCUGCGUAUCAUCGGUUCUUGCAGCACACGCCGGAUAAGGCAUACAGUCUAGAGGACGCCCGGAAGGAGUUUCUGGGCCAUUUGUUAACGUGGAUCAAAGACGCCGACCCAACGGGACCGUAUUUCGCGGGCAAGGAAUUCGGGAUGGGCGAUGUCGUCAUGGCGCCCUGGGCAUUGCGGUUGUGGGUGUUUGACCAUUUCAAGGAGGGUGGGUUGGGGAUGCCGGAGGAAGGGAAGGGUGGAGAGGAUGAGGAGUUGUGGGGAAGGUGGAGGGUUUGGGCGGAUGCGGUGAGCAAGAGGGAGAGUGUCAAGGGGACGAUGAGUGAGCGGGAGCAUUACUUGCCGUUGUAUCAGCGGUAUGCGGAUGAUACGGCGCAGAGUGAGAUGGCCAAGGCUAGUCGGGGUGGGAGGGGCGUGCCUUGA